AUGACACUUUUGAAAAAAUUUGAGUCCAGCUCUGCGCGAGUGAAAGGAAUUACAUUUCAUCCUACACGACCGUGGGUGUUAGCAUCAUUACACAGCGGUAUCAUUCAGUUAUGGGAUUAUCGGAUGUGUGUUAUGCUUGAUAAAUUUGACGAGCAUGAUGGUCCAGUUCGUGGUAUAGCAUUCCACAAUCAGCAGCCAAUUUUUGUUUCUGGUGGUGAUGAUUACAAAAUCAAGGUAUGGAAUUACAAGCAGCGUCGGUGUAUUUUUACUUUACUUGGUCAUCUUGAUUACAUUCGUACUACAUUUUUCCAUAGUAAUUAUCCAUGGAUUAUCAGUGCGUCAGAUGAUCAAACUGUGAGAAUUUGGAAUUGGCAAAGCCGUCACAGCAUUGCAAUUUUGACUGGUCAUAAUCACUACGUGAUGUGUGCUCAGUUUCAUCCGAAAGAUGACUUGGUGGCAUCAGCUUCUCUAGAUCAAACAGUUCGAAUUUGGGACAUAUCUGGUUUAAGAAAGAAAAACGUUUCGCCAGGAGUUAGCGCAGACAUUUCACGAGUACGAGCAGUCAGCGGUGUUGCAACUACCGAUUUAUUCGGACAACCUGACGUUGUUGUCAAGCAUGUCUUGGAAGGACAUGAUAGAGGUGUUAAUUGGGUUUCAUUUCAUCCGUCAAUGCCACUUCUGGUUUCGGGAGCAGAUGACCGGCAGGUCAAAUUAUGGCGUUAUAAUGAAAGCAAAGCUUGGGAGGUUGAUUCGUGCCGCGGACAUUAUAAUAAUGUGUCAUCAGUACUCUUUCAUCCAAAAGCGGAAUUGAUACUGAGUAAUUCGGAAGACAAAAGUAUUCGUGUUUGGGAUAUGCAGAAGCGUACAUGCUUGCAUACAUUUAGGCAUGAUAAUGAUCGUUUCUGGGUUUUGACAUCUCAUCCAACUUUAAAUAUGUUUGCAGCAGGUCAUGAUAGCGGAAUGAUGGUGUUCAAAAUUGAGCGUGAACGUCCAGCUUUUUCUGUGCAUGAAAAUUUAGUAUUUUAUAUAAAGGAUCGCCAACUGAGACGUUUAGACUUGACCAAUAACAAAGAUGUAUCACUGGUUCAGCUUCGUGGUAACAAAUUUAUGCAACCCUAUUAUUCAUUACAUUAUAAUCCAGCUGAAAAUUCAUUCCUGUUAAAUAUACGUUCAUCAAUGCUGGAAUACUGUACUUAUGAUAUGUACAAAGUAUCAAAAGAUGUAGCAGAUACUUCUAAUGAAACUAUAGAAGGGAAACGUUCUCCAGGUGUUGCAGCUGUGUGGGUCGCACGAAACCGCUUUGCCGUUUUAGACAAAAAUCAACAGAUUACAAUUCGAGACUUGUCAAAUCAUGAGAAUAAGAAAAUCGAGCAGAAUAUCGCAAUUGAUGAUAUUUUUUAUGCAGGCACUGGGCUUUUACUUUUGAAAAAUAAUGAAGGUGUUCAGCUCUUUGAUAUACAACAAAAACGAACUCUAGCGUCGGUUAAAGCACCGAAGGUAAAAUAUGUCGUUUGGUCGAAAAAUAUGGAAUAUAUGGCAUUACUUAGCAAGCACAUUUUAACUUUAGUAUCGCGCAAAUUGCAAAUUUUGUGUUCAGUCCAAGAAUCAACACGUCUAAAAAGUGGUGCGUGGGAUGAAGGUGGUGUUUUUCUGUACACGACAAGUAAUCAUAUUAAAUAUGCAUUAACAGCGGGUGACCAUGGUAUAAUUAGGACGUUAGAUAUGCCUGUAUAUGUGCUUGCUGUUCGUGGAGAAAGUCUGUACUGCCUAAAUCGAGAAGCAGCUCCAGUUGAGUUGCCUAUUGAUCCUACGGAAUAUCGCUUCAAAUUGGCACUUAUUAAUCGUAGAUAUGAUGAGGUGUUAAAUAUGGUGCGUUCAGCAAAUCUAGUGGGUCAAUCAAUUAUUGCAUAUUUGCAAAAGAAGGGUUAUCCAGAAGUCGCUUUACACUUUGUAAAAGAUGAGAAAACACGAUUUGGUUUAGCACUGGAGUGCGGUAAUCUUGAUGUCGCAUUAGAAGCAGCUAAAGUUCUAGACAAUAAAGCUGUUUGGCAAGCUCUUGGUGAAGCUGCUUUGAUGCAGGGUAAUCAUCAGAUUGUUGAAAUGGCUUAUCAACGCACGAAAGAUUUUGAAAAAUUAUCUUUCUUAUAUUUAAUCACUGGUAACAUGGAAAAACUUCAAAAAAUGAUGAAAAUUGCACAAAUUCGAAAGGAUACAAAUGGACAUUAUCAAAUAGCUCUUUUACUCGGCGAUGUUGAAGAACGCAUUAAAGUUUUAAAGGAUGUCGGACAGCUUUCAUUAGCAUAUUUGACUGCUGCUACUCAUGGGUUUAAUGAUGAAGCCGAUUCAUUGAAAAAUGAACUGAUCACCAAAGGACAAGCUUUACCUCCAGUCGACGCCAAUGCUAGGCUGUUAGUACCACCCCCUCCGAUUAAGCAGUUGGAAAACAAUUGGCCUUUACUUACGAUGUCGCGAGGUCCAUUUGAUUCUCAUUUAUUCACUGGGAACUUGCCUGGUAGUGGUGAUAAAACAGCUCGUUCAGCCGCUUUCAUGCAUGUGGAAGAUGAGGAUAUUGAGACCGGUAAUGCUUGGGGCGGUAAUGAUUUGAUGCUUGAUGAGGAUGGUAAUCCAGAUAUCGAUGAGGAUGAAAUGCAUAGCGUUGCUAGUGAAAAAGAUAAUGAAGGUGGUUGGGACGUUGAAGAUGAUUUGGCCCUUCCACCAGAUGUUGAAGUGAAAGCUGGGUUAAAUGAUGAGGAAUAUUUGUAUACAGUACCGUCACGUGGGCAGCCUUCAUCAUUUUAUUGGCCUAGUAAUUCAAGACUGGUUGCUGAUCACGUUGCCUCAGGCUCCUUCGAAAGUGCUGCUCGCUUAUUACGGGACCAACUAGGUAUUACACACAUUCAUCCAUUCAAGCAGCUGUUUCUGUUAACAUAUGCAAGAUCACGUGUUGCUUAUGAAUGUUUACCAAGUGCUGGUUCAAAUUUCGUUUAUCUUUUACGUAAUUGGCAAGAUGCAAGUGGUCGAACAGGUUUGCCCGCUGUUGGCUUACAUCUUGGCGAUCUAGCUGCACGUUUACAAAACUGUUAUCAGCUUACAACUAGUGGUAAAUUUGGUGAAGCAGUUGAAAAGCUACGUCAGUUGUUGCUAUCGGUUCCAUUAUUGAUUGUGGAUUCCAAACAGGAAAUGGCUGAAGCACGACAGCUAAUUGAUAUUUGUCGAGAGUAUCUGGUAGGGUUGCUCAUGGAGAUCAAGCGAAAAGAGUUACCCAAAACUGCUGAAAAUUCUAUACGAAAUGCCGAAAUGGCUGCUUAUUUCACUCAUUGUCAACUUCAGCCGACUCAUCAAAUAUUGACUCUCCGAACCGCAGUGAAUUUAUUUUUCAAGUUGAAGCAGAUGAAAACUUGUGCUUCAUUUUGUAGAAGAUUGAUUGAAUUAGGACCAAAAGCAGAAGUUGCAGCACAGAUUCGAAAAGUUUUAACAGUCGCUGAGAAGGAGCCCAUUGAUUCUCAUCAGCUGGAUUACGAUGAACAUAAUCCAUUCGUAGUUUGUUCGAGGACAUUCAAACCUUUAUAUCGUGGGAAGCCGCAGGUUAAAUGUCCGUUUUGUGGUGCAUCGUAUGUACCAGAUGCUACAGGCGACUUAUGUGACGUCUGCCAGGUAGCUGAAAUAGGCCAUGAUGCGAUUGGUUUGAGAAUUAGUACGAUCCAAAGUGGACGAUAA